AUGGCUGCGCUUGCCGCGCGAGCCGUCUCCGCCGCUGCGGCUGCUGCGUUCCCGGCGUUGCCGCCGUCCCAUCGGCGCGCUUCGCUAGCAGCCAGAAGCACGUCACUGCGGAUAGGAGGGACGGGGAAGCGCAGCUGUAGCAAUGGCGGGUUUAACAAUGGCGGCUGUAGCCGCGCGGGGAGGAGGGGUGGGGCUGUCGUUGCGCUGGCUGCUCCGCCUGAAGCCGUGACUGCGAUUGUGGAGAGCGGAGCUGCCACGAUGGUGUCAGCUGCUGAUUGGACGAGCCACCUCGUGCUCGCCACGCUCAACGCAGCUGCCACGCUGGCAUCGGACGGGCCAAUAGAAUUGCCCCCCGCUUACCUGGAAGACCCCUGGGCUAUUCCCGAGGUCUCUCCUCUCCAGUCAUUCGCCAGUCUACUGUUGACCGGGACGAUCGGUGUGUUGCUGUUUCGAGCUAUCAAGAGACGAGCAAGCAAGGUCACUGAAUCGCGUUUCCGGUCGGAUUCAGUUGAGAAGCUGUCGUCCAAUCCGGUGGUGGAGGAGCGGAAGCGUAGGGCGGCAGCGGAAGCGGCAGAAGCAGCCAAGCGGGCGCCGCCCACGGUGCUGAACACACUGGGCGGCGCACUGGUGGCGGGGUCGAUUGCCAUCGUGCUCUACAGAUUUGCCACGUCCGUUGAUGAUGUGUUUGCUGGCCAGACCCUCUCCACCACUUACACUGUUCGGAACCUCUCCAUUGCUGUCAGGACCAUAGUAUCAGGCCUCGUAUGGCUGGCCACAUUCAUCUUUGGUCUCAAUUCCAUCGGCCUCACUCUAUAUGCCUUUCAACUGGCGCUGGGUCUCGACUCCCCUAAAGACAGCCCCGAAGAGACCUCCCUUUGUCUGCUCCCCACUUUCCAAUUUAUCCCCUCCCUCUCCCUCCCAUCCGUUUUCCCUCCAGUUCAAGCGCAAUCCGAAUCAGUGCCACCAGCGGUAUCAGCGCUAUUGGCGCCAGCAGCACCAGAACCAGCCGAUCCAGAAUCAGGCAAUCUGGCUGGCGCCUUUCCGCCAGCACGUCAGAUGGCCGUCCAGAUAGACGGCCAGCCGGCAGUUCAAUCGACGGACGAGGUGCUUCUGGGGCGAGUGGCGGAGAUAGCGGCGGAGCUCAGCCGUCAGAUGCAGGAGGAGCAGGCACUGCAGCAGUCACAAGGAGCCAUGCUUGAUCAGCAGGCGCAACUGCUUCCGCACUCCCCUCCGCUCUCUCCCCCUCUCGUCUCCCCACAGCAAUCGCCACCCUUCCCUCCUCCCGUUCCUCCUCCAACCGUCCCCCUUCUAGCCGUCCCCUCUCCUCGCUUCCCCCCUCCACCGCCCCUCCAUCCCACUUCACUCCUCUCACCUCCUUCUCGAGGCGAAGCAGGGGGGUUAGGAAGCACGGCAGGAGUUGACGAGGUGCUUUUAGGGAGAGUGGCCGCGAUAGAGGAACAACUGAUGCUGCAGCUUGCAGGGGCUAGUGAAGAGGAGGGGAAGAGGGAAACUGGAGGAGAGGAAUUCGGAAAGGGCAAGGUUCAGGAGAGAGAGACUAGUCCCCGCUUACCUGCCACUCCAACCCCCUCACACCCACCACCCCCCUCUCCUCCUCCCUCACACCCACCACCCCCCCCUCCUCCUCUUAAAGAGCCCCUCUUUACAGUCACAUCCCUGAACCGAACCAUUCACAGGGUCAAUCUUAACAAGACCUUUCUAGAAUACCACCAUCAUUUCCGGGAAGGAGAGCUCAAGCUACAGUGCUCCGGCGAGCCCUGCCCGAACCUGGGCUCCUGCGGCCCGGAGUUCCCGAACCUGCGCGCCUGCUACUGGCCGAACCUGGUCGACGCGGAGUACCUGUUCCCGGACCAGCCUAUAAACUGCCCGAAAGUGAUGGAUACGAGUGUGGAAGGGGGAAGGGAGGUGUCGGAUGCGAGGUGCACUCAUAAGGGGGAUGAUUUGCGGCUGGACAUGUUUCUACCGCAGUAUUACGAGCUACGAGAUGUGUACUUGGAUGGGGAUGGCCUGGUGUUUAACCAAACGGUGUUCUUUGACCGGCACAGCUGUGCUGACAAGGGGAAUUUCUCCUUCGAGCCAGGCAAGGCCAAGGUCCAUCAUUAUGACCGUCUGGUCUCGCUCAUGUACCCGUUGGGCAUCGCCUUCUACCACGUGCUCAUAGAGCUCGUGCCUCACCUCUUCGUUCUCUCCCCGUUACUGCGAGACAACCCCUCUAUCCCCAUCGCCAUCGCAUCCCACCAGGUGAAGGCGUUCAGCAACCUCCUAGUACCCUUCCUGGGCAUCCCAGCCACCGCUCUCAACCUCGCUGUCAUCCCCAACCGACAUGCUGACGUGAACCUGCUCGUACAUGUCGAUUUGUUAUACCAGCCAGUGUACCAGGCGUGUGGCCGCUCCGCCCCCGCCAUGUGGGGGGAGCUGCGCCGCCGCUUCCUGCUGCCCCACACUGGCCUCCCCCUCUUCGGCCCUGGCCUUGUCCCCCGCCACAACCACACCCACGCCCUCCCACCUACUGCUGAUUCACCAGCUACCACCACCCCCACCAUUGCUGACAGCAGCAUACGCAGCAGCAGCAGUAGUGACACACUCCCUGUGAAGGCUGGUGUCAGCGAGAGUAACAGUGAGACAGAUGUGCCACUGUGGUCUGACGCGCAGACCGCCCGGCUGCCGUACAGCUGGCGCACCGUGAUUGCGCACCGGCGCGGCGCGAUGCGCCACCUGGCGGCGUUUGAUUCGCUCGUGGCGGAGAUGAAGAGAGUUUUCCCGCCGCAGAGGGUGUUUGUGUUUGAAGGCGACCUGCCCUUACUGCAAGGUGCGUAUGCUGUGCUGUGCUGCAAGGUGGGUGGGGUCUGUUGUUCUGCAAUUUGA